AUGAAUGCACCUGCCGUUAGUUUUACAAUAGCGACAACAGAAAAUGGAGAAAUUAUUAUUUUACCAAAUGUUUCAAUUAGUUUAACAUUCAAACACACAAUUAAAACGAGACAUCCGAAAACGAAAAUAAUAAAAAGAAAAUUACAUAAAAACGAACAACCUUCUGGAAUAUUCGGUUCAACGGAUUGUUAUUAUUUCAACAAAGAAUCCGAUUGGAUGAAUCACGGAUGUAAAGUUUCAUCGACUUCGCAAGAACAUACGGAAUGUAUUUGUAAUCAUUUAUCGACGAUCGGUUUGCUUAUGAGUUUACAUCAUUACGAACCGGAUACGGUACUGGAAACGGUUUCUUUAGUUAGCAGUAGCAUAACGAUAAUCGCAUUGAUAUUGACUCUACUCGUUUUUAUACUUUUCGAUUCAAUAAAAAACGAAAGGAUAUUGAUCGGUGUUUGGUGUACGGUUUACGCCAUUUUGUUACAUUAUGCAUUUAUGGCUGCUUUUGCUUGGAUGUUCAUCGAAGGAUGUCAUCUUUACCGGAUGUUGGUUUUAGUUUUCGAAUCUUAUAUCGAAUUUAAAUUUAUUUAUUUAUUGAUCGGUUACGGUAUGCCAUUUAUAAUAGUUAUAGUUACCGAAUUAGUUGGUUUUUUAUCAAGGGAACAACCAUACGGUCAAGACGAAUUAUGCUGGUUAAAAACUCCAAAUUACGUUUGGGCUUUUAAUGGACCAGUUUUUCUUUUAACGUCGGAUGAGGGAGAAAAAAGGCGGUAA